AUGGCAGGAGGAGACAAUGGGCUCAGAAAAAGGACAAUCACGGAGGACCAUAAUGAAGAAGAGUCAGCUGACUAUCAGCUCGUGGUCAAUCACUUCAGAGAAAAUAAGGUGGAAAUCGCAAGUGCCAUCACCAAGCCAUUUCCUUUCCUUAUGAGCCUCCGAGAUCGUUGCAUCAUCUCUGAGGAGAAGUUUCAGGAUUGUGAAGAAAGGUGUGAGAAACAGGAACCAGUGGAGAGAGUGGUGUAUGACAUCCUCAGUGACGUACAGAAGAAGUUUAGCUGGCAGCUUCUGAAAGUGAUAUUCAGCAAAGCUCAUCUGAAGGCCUACCCGGACUUAGAGGAGAUUCUACAAAACUUCUUCCAAAAUGCAUUAGACAAUCAUAGGACUUUUGAGAGGAUGAAUGGAAGAGAUGCUGAAAAGAGGCCCAGACUGUCAGCAGUUGAUAGGGAAGCAUCUCAUAUGAAUGAUGAUGGAGCAGAGGAGUUGCCGAGCCUGCCACAGUGCAAUGGAGGAGGUGGAAGUAGUUCUUGUGAACAAGUGUUUGAUGGACGAGAGCCCCGGGAUGACUUCUUCUCAUCACUGAGAUGUGAAGCACAUGCCAGCAGAGCUUAUGGCCAGGCAGCUUUCAGGAGAAUGAAAAUGAUAAAGAGUCCAGGAUGCUCCAAGCUCAGAGUUCUAAGACGGCACAGAAGUGAAAAUGCACAUUUCAAUGCAGAGUUGCUUCCUGUGACAUGUGGUGACAUGAAGGGGGUGUUACACAAGCAUAAAUUCAAGCAAGGGGUCUCCAUGAUGUCCAUACAGUGUGAGAAUGGAAACUGGUUCACACCCUCAGAAUUUGAAAUCAUGGGAGGUCACGGAAGAUCAAAGAACUGGAAGUUGAGUCUGCGCUGCUAUAAUAGGCCCUUGAAAUUUCUGAUCAAGGUAUUGCGGUGGAGGGGAAGGAGGGCAGCGCUUCUUACUGCACCACUUACAAGAAAUUUUCUACCCAAUCCUCCACGAAAAUAUGCCAAGAGAAAACAGCAGAGUGGCAAGCAUAGGCACAGUGGCUGUUUUCAAAGGUCUGAACCCUGCUCACUUUAUGUCCUGUCUUUCAGGACACCGUGGAGUUGCAUCUUCUGUAGGAUUCAGUCCUUAGGAAGCCAAGAGAGUUGUCCAGAAUCCGAGAUACUGCAGAGGCAGAUGUCGCCCCAGGAACAAUUGAAGUGUGAAUUUGUUCUCCUGAAAGUCUAUUGCUGUCCUGAGAGAUCCUUUUUUUCCAAGAUGCCAUAUUAUUGUUAUUUUAGUGAUGUGGCCGGGGAUGUGUCGGAACCUAUGUGGCUAGACAGGAUCAAGAGAAAGCUGAGUGCACAGGCUUACUCCAAAGUAGAAGAGUUUGUGAAUGACAUGAGGCUCAUCUUCCAGAAUCACAGAAGUACGUUCAAGGAUGCUAAGUUUGGCCAAAUAGGACUUAUACUGGAGUCUAAGUUUGAGACGAAUUUCAAGGAAGUGUUUGCUGUCCAGGAAACAAAUGAAAACAGCUGACUGACAUCACAGAAUCUGCUGGUGUCCUGGCACAAUCUGCCUCUCUGGCCAUGUCUUCCCACUUGUAGCAAUGGGCGUGCUCUAUUGACUCCACCAUCCCCGGAGGAUCGCUCUGGGUCACAUGGAGACAGCUGCAGCUGGGAGUUACAUCACCUGGACUUGGGGGUCCAUCUCCCGGCCUCCAGCUGGAAUCGAGGAUGUGGUACGUUGCUGUUGGAGCCUUUAUCUAGCUGGCUUAGUACC